CGCUGACUUACUUUUUGGCAAUUUUGCACGAUGUGGGGGCCCCACCGGAGCAGCGGCGACUCCUCCUCGCACAUCGCGGUGAACAUCGGCGGGGUGAAACAGGUGUUGUGCGCGGACCUUCUCGCCCGCUUCCCGGACACCCGCCUGGCCGAGCUGGUGCGCUCCGUCCAGUCCGCGGCGGAGGACGUCUCGUCGCUGUGUGACGACUACGACGCGGAGAAGGGCGAGUUUUACUUCGACCGGGACCCGGACGCGUUCAGGUGCAUCACGGAGCUUUACGCCCGCGGCGAGAUCCACGUCAAGCGCGGCAUCUGCCCCGUCUGCUUCAUGGCGGAGAUGCACUUCUGGAAAGUGGGCUCGGAGUUCCUGGACGAGUGCUGCAGGAGCCACCUGCGGGAGGUGGAGGACGAGCUGGCGGAGAUCGCGGAGAAGGUGAGGACCAUCCUGGUGGACCGGGAAGGGGACCCCACCGCCCGCGGCUGGCAGCGCGUCCAGACGGGCGUGUGGCGGCUCAUGGAGAAGCCGGAGUCCUCCUUCCCGGCGCACGUCGUCGCCAUCGUCUCCUUCGUCUUCAUCCUGGUGUCCUCCGUGGUGAUGUGCGUGGGCACCAUCCCGGACCUGCAGGUGGAGGACGCGGAGGGGAAUUUGUCCGAGCACCCCGCGCUGGAGGCGCUGGAGACGGCGUGCAUCGGCUGGUUCACGGCGGAGUACGCCCUGCGCUUGGCCUCCUCGCCCGACAAGGUGCGGUUCGCGCUGGGCUUCAUGAACGUGGUGGACUUCAUGGCCAUCGUGCCCUUCUUCGUGGUGCUGCUGCUGACGUCGCUGGGCGCGGGCGUGAUGGAGCUGGCCAACGUGCAGCAGGCGGUGCAGGCGCUGCGCAUCAUGCGCAUCGCGCGCAUUUUCAAGCUGGCGCGCCACUCCGCGGGCCUGCAGACGCUGACGUCGGCGCUGACGAGCAGCCUGAAGGAGCUGGGCCUGCUCCUCAUGUACAUGGGCGUGGGCGUCUUCCUCUUCUCGGCGCUGGGCUACACCCUGGAGCAGAGCCACCCGGAGACCUUGUUCACCAGCAUCCCGCAGUCCUUCUGGUGGGCGGUCAUCACCAUGACGACGGUGGGCUACGGCGACGUGUACCCCAAGACCACCUUGGGGCGGUGCAACGCCGCCAUCAGCUUCCUGUGCGGCGUGAUCGCCAUCGCCCUGCCCAUCCACCCCAUCAUCAACAACUUCGUGCUCUUCUACAACAAGCAGCAGGUGCUGGAGACCGCCGCCAAGCACGAGAUCGAACUCAUGGCCCUGCGCUCGGGUCACGGCGGGGGUCGGGAGGAAGACGCCCGCACGCACGUGUGCGCCGCCGAACGCCGCCCGCGCACGGGAGGGGUCACCGACCAUCAGACCCCCGAGAUUGAGAACACGCACAUGCAGUCUUCCCUCGUUCAUCGCGGUUAAUUGGUUCCGGAAA